AUGAAGUUUCACGUACUCCAUCAACGAACACACUUUGGCAAAACAGAAACGCUAGUGGGAAGUUUGCGACAAGAAAUAAAAAAAAAAAAAAACUUUCUCGAAAGUAAUGCCAUUAUUGGCAAUGCAAAACGAAGAUUAAACUUCGAUGAAAACGCAAAUGAAGAUUUAUGCCCACCAUCAAAAAGAACAACACGCAGUACACAGGUGAGUGUUUAAUAAAUUACAGGUAAUAUCAUUUGCUUGAAAUCAACAAUGACAAUAUUUUUACAUUACAGACUUUGAACUAAGGGCAAGGCAAGGAUUUUAGUUAAAGCAAAUAAAUUAAUAUCAACCAUUUCUCCAAAAAUUGUAGAGCCAAGUUGAAAAUGUCUCCCACAUUCCUCUUGGUUGCCGUAUUGUUGAUGUACAAGUAUUGCAAAAGGGUCUUUCGACUUGCAGUUAUUGUUCUAAAGGUUUGUGCUUUUAUCAGACUAAGCUGAUGUAUACUUCCAAAAUAAAAUUUUCCUUCCAUUGAUCAACCUAAAUCUCCCAGCUGCAGGAUUUUUCUUGAUAUUCCAUAUUGAUGUGCUAUUGAUUGCAUUCCAGCAUCUAGAUAAUAUGUUGAAAAAUUGGGUUAGAGUUACAUUUAUGUUACAUUACAAUUUAAUAUACUUAUCUUAUUUCAGGCCCAUUGUCAUUGAACAACAUCAUAAAGGAAGAUAUGGUUGGUGUUGCAAGCAUCUUGUAUAUCAAAUGCAAUCUAUGUGGCAAAAUCAACAAGGUUAAAACAUCUUCUGAACACAGAAGUGGACAACGUGGACGAUUAACCUUCAACAUUAAUUCUAGAGCAGUACUUGGUUCACUUCAAGCUGGUAUUGGUAAUACCCACCUGAAUAACCUAUUUGCACCAACGAAUGUACCAACGAUGAACAACAGGACAUUCAAGUCACGAGAACGAGAAGUUGGAAAAGCUGUCGAGGACUUGGCACAAAAAAGCUGCAAAACAACCAUUGAAAGGGAAAAGGAUAUGGCUGAGGAAAACGGGGAAGUUGCAGAUGAGAACGGCUUGGUUGGCAUACCA